AUGAACCGGGUGGGGGACCCGGAGGCAAAAACAAGGCGGAGCAGGCAAGCCGCGUCUGUCCUUCUGCUCCUGUGCGUGGGGGCGAUCGGCUCGGAGACGGUGCGGUACUCGGUGCCGGAGGAAAUGGAGAGCGGGUCCUUCGUGGCUAAUGUGGCAAAGGAUGUGGGGCUGGAGCCCAGGAGCCUGUCUGCUCGCAGGGCCCGCCUGGUGUCGGACGCCGCGAGCCGGCAUUUCCAGCUGAAUGGCAAGACUGGGGACUUGCUUAUCAAAGAGAAACUGGACCGCGAGGAACUGUGCGGGCAGACGGAGCCCUGCCUUGUUCGCUUUGAGCUAGUCCUGGAGAAUCCCUUGCAGUCGUACCGGGCCGAGGUGCGGGUUACUGACAUAAACGAUCACUUUCCGUUUUUUUCCAGAGCAGAAUUCGUCUUUAAAAUGCUCGAAACGACCCCUGCUGGGUCACGGUUUCCCCUGGAGAGCGCUCAGGAUUUGGAUGUGGGAAACAACAGCCUUCAAAGCUACAGCCUUAGCUCCAAUGGGCAUUUCCAUGUACAUAUGGAGGAACAGAGCGACGGCACGAGACAUGCGGAGCUAGUGCUGGACCAAGCCCUGGACCGAGAGCAACAGCCAGAGCUUAGUUUGCUACUCACUGCCCUGGACGGCGGCUCCCCGCCGAGGUCCGGCACUGCGCAAAUCCGCGUCAUUGUCCUCGAUGCCAACGACAACCCUCCCGUUUUCUCCCGGGCCACUUACAAAGCCCAGGUUCUGGAAAACAGCCUCAGAAAUUCCCUUGUUGUUACUGUUUCUGCCACCGAUUUGGACGAGGGAAGCAACGGAGAAAUCUCCUACUCCUUCAGCCAGAAAUCCAUAGAAAGUAGCAUCGCCUUUCGUAUCAGCGCCGUGUCGGGGGAUAUGCGGCUUCUGGAAGAACUGGAUUUCGAAACGAGGAAGACCUAUGAGCUCUACAUUGAGGCCGCGGACGGCGGGGGCCUGUCGGCGCACUGCAAAGUCCUGGUGGAGGUGGUGGAUGUGAACGACAACGCGCCAGAGGUGACCCUGACAUCGCUCAUGAGCCCCAUCCCCGAGGACGCGCCCCCCGAGACGGUGGUGGCCCUGCUCAGCGUCAGGGACCGCGACUCCGGGGACAACGGGAGGGCAGCCUGCUCCAUAGAGGACGCGCUGCCCUUCUCCCUGAAGGCGACGUUCCGGGACUCGUACGCGCUGGUCACGGAGCGGGCGCUGGACCGCGAGAGCGUGUCGGAGUACAACAUCACGAUCGUGGCGCGGGACCAGGGCGCCCCCAGCCUGUCCGCCGAGCAGAGGAUCAGGGUGAGAGUGUCCGACAUCAACGACAACGCGCCCGUGUUCAGCCAGGCGGCCUACACCAUGCACGUGCGGGAGAACACGGCGCCCGGCACGGCGAUCGGCACAGUGCGCGCCGCCGACGCGGACGCGGAGCACAACGCCCGAGUGACCUACUCGCUCGUGCCCGCCGGCGCCGGCGCCGGGGCCCUGCCCGUGCUCGCCUACGUGGCGGUGAACUCGGCGGACGGCAGCGUGUACGCGCUGCGCUCCCUGGACUACGAGCAGACGAGGCAGCUGGAGGUGGGCGUGAGAGCGACGGACGCCGGGUCCCCGGCGCUCAGCUCCGAGGCCGUGCUGCGCGUCGUGGUGCUGGACGAGAACGACAACGCGCCCUUCGUGCUGCACCCGCUGCAGAACAGCACGGCGGCGUGGAGCGAGCUGGUGCCGCGCUCGGCCGAGCCGGGCUACCUGGUGACCAAGGUGGUGGCGGUGGACGCGGACGCGGGGCAGAACGCCUGGCUGUCCUACCAGCUGCUCCGCGCCACGGAGCCGGGGCUCUUCGCCGUGGCGCUGCACAGCGGCGAAGUGAGGACGAGCCGGCCGCUGACGGAGCGCGACACGGUGAAGCACAGGCUUAUUGUGCUCGUCAGGGACAGCGGGGAGUCGCCCCUGUCCUCCUCCGCCACCCUCAACAUCCUGCUCGUGGACGGCUUUUCCGACGCCUACCUGCAGUCCGCUGAUGCCGCCGCCGCCGCCGCCGCCGAAGGGGCCGACACAGGCGCUUUAACCAUGUACCUAACCGUCUCCCUGUGCCUCGUGUCCUUCCUCUUCCUGCUGUCCGUCGUGACAUUUGUCCUGCUCAAGGUGUGCCGGAGGAGAGGGGGCGGGGAGCAGUACACCAGUGCUCCCGGCACGUUGUAUGGCGACGGCAACUUGCCGAGAGACUGGGUGGAUGUGUCGGGGACCGGCACCCUGUCCAGGAGUUACCGAUACGAAGUGUGCUUGAGCACGGGGUCGGGGAGCAGCGAAUUCCGGUUUCUGAGGCCCCUCGUGCCCUGCCCUCCGCAGCAGGGGGGCUGCGUCGUGACGGGCUCCGGGAAGGAACGGGAUCUUCUCACCGACUCUCAUGCGCCCACCGACUUGGAAGGCGCCGACCAGGGAAACGACCACUAUCUUCAAAGGAUGCUCUCUGAGGCUGGAUCUGAACACGAAGGAAGAAAAAACUGAGGAAGAACCCCUCGAUUUGAGUCUAUUAUUAUAUUUGAUUAAUCUUGUGACUUUACUGUAAAGGUGGCACUUCGAGAAUACAUACAUCUCCAUAUUUGUGUGGAAAUGUUAACUUUUUUCCCUUUUUAGUUUUAUCUCUUCUUGCAAUAUAAAUAUUAUUUGUUCCUUUUUAUGUCUGUGCAUGUUUUGUUUGUAUGUUACAAAACGCCCAAAGGCAUACCUCCUCUUUCUUGUCUAUGUAAUAUUUUUGUAUACAAUCUCCACACUUUUUCAAUCCCUUGAAAGCUGGUGGGAAAUGUCAUGCUCUACUACCACUUACAUAAUUUUAUAGCAGAAACGUACAAAGAGACCACAACAUUUUCUCGCACUAGUAAGACAUUAAUAGAAAUAGAAGAAGGAAAUUAAUAUCAUUAUCAAUCCCUUAGGGUACUGUGACUUCUAUAUAAUAUUAUAUUGUUAUAUAAAAAAUUGGGUUUAUGUUUGCAUUGCGUUCAUUUUAUUCCCUGUACUUGAACUGGAUUUUAAUCGUGAGAUAAGAUACAACGUUUACUAUAUUCCUAUAAUAGUAUGGGGUUCACAGAUAAGCACAACACGUGUAAUUAUAAAUGUUCCAAUUUGUGCUUAUGAACUCCCAUUAAUACAUAUAUUACCAUCUAUCACUAAUAGAUAUUUGCUAUAAUACUAGUAAAGCACUGUCAGUAUGCUAAAAUGUAUGUAUUAUUUCAUAUAAAAAUAAAGGCAAUUGGAAUGUGAAUACAAAAGACCCUCUGAAAAUAGAAUAUUUCAC